AUCUUUGAAGCCACCUCAGAGAGAGAGAGAGAGAGAGAGAGAGCGAGAGAGAGAGAGGUCUCUUCCUCUGUCACAUCAUAAAUCCUCUUCAGUGAGUCAGAGAUGGAGGAGAGAGCAGAGCGAGGAGCAGAGCAGCACGCGGCCAAACGGCUCCGUACGGAGGAGGAGGAGGAGGAGGAAGAGGAGGAGGAGGCAGGGAGAGGAGGACGAGAGAGGAAGAGGAGAGGAGCCCAGGAUGUUUUGGGGGAGACUUACCGACUCCCUCCGUCUCCGGUGGUCCACGUUCGAGGACUCUGUGACGCCGUGGUGGAAGCCGAUCUGGUGGAGGCGCUCGACAAGUUCGGCAACAUCCGCUACGUGAUGAUGAUGCCGUUUAAGCGCCAGGCUCUGGUGGAGUUCGACAGCAUGGAGAGCGCCCAGCGCUGCGUGUCGGUCGCUACCCGUGAGGCGGUGUGCAUCGCCGAGCAGCGGGCCUUCUUCAACUUCUCCACCAGCCAGAGGAUCACCAGACCGACCAACGCCGACGACCCAACGGGGGCGAACAAAGUCCUGCUGCUGUCCAUCCAGAACCCGCUGUACCCCAUCACCACCGACGUCCUGUACAACGUCUGUAAUCCUGCUGGUAAUGUCCAGCGCAUCGUCAUCUUUAAACGCAACGGCAUCCAGGCCAUGGUGGAGUUUGAGUCAGUGGAGGAUGCUCAGAAGGCCAAGCUGGCUCUGAACGGCGCCGACAUCUACGCCGGCUGCUGCACGCUGAAGAUGGAGUACGCUCGGCCCGAAAGACUGAACGUCAUCCGCAACGACAACAACAGCUGGGAUUACACCAAACCCUUCCUCCUGCACCCAGAGCGAGGAGCAGGGAGGAAGCGUCAGGCCAUCCUGGGAGAACAUCCCUCCAACGGCUAUGGCCCACACUGCCCCCUGCUGCCUGCUCCAGCUAACAGCAGGUUCAGGAGGAGCGGUGAGGAGGUGCAGGACCUCAUCACUUACCCGCUGCUCUUUCCUAAGUCCUCCUCUUCCUCCUACCCCCGUCACGCUGCCUCCAGCUCCGUCGCCAUGGUGAGCAGCCUCCAUCCUACCAAGAUGAACUGCAGCCGCGUCUUCAACCUCUUCUGUCUCUAUGGUAACGUGGAGAAGGUGAAGUUCAUGAAGAGCGUCCCCGGCACGGCGCUGGUGGAGAUGGGAGACGAGUAUGCCGUGGAUCGAGCCGUGACGCACCUCAACAGCGUCAAGGUGUUUGGAAGAAAACUCAACGUCUGCGUGUCCAAGCAGCACGCCGUGAUCCCCAGUCAGGUGUUCGAGCUCUCCGAUGGCAGCAGCAGCUACCAGGACUUCAGCCUGACCAGGAACAACCGCUUCAACAGCACGCAGAGCGGCAGGAACAUCAUCCAGCCGCCAGCCGCCAUACUGCACUUCUACAACGCCCCGCCCUCGCUAAGCCAGCAGCAGCUUCAUGACCUCUGCACUGAUCACAACGUCCCCGGCUUCACCAAGUUCAAGAUCUUUGAUGCCAAAUCAGCCACCUCUAAGACUCUGUCCGGUCUUCUGGAGUUUGACAGUAAAUUUGAGGCUGCAGAUGCUCUGACUGUCCUCAACCAUCACCAGAUGAGGGUACCAGAAAGCUCGACCCCGUUCACCCUGAAACUCUGCUUCUCCACGUCCUCACACCUCUGAUCGUCCACCGGAGAGAUCGCCGCACCGCCACAUGCCGACCCUCCAGGACAAUCUCAGAGGAACCCUGGUCCUUUAAAACGAGGAGAACGAGGAGUCCGUGGAGGGCUGGGUCUAUCCUGUUCUUUGAGUGUGUUCAUCUUGUUUCUUUAAACAGGAAGUGAUGAGCCAUUUUCAAAAUAAAAGCAUGUUAAUGAUUUUGAGCUGAGUCCUUUAAAGCGGUUUUUAUUUCAGUGAAUGGCGUGGACGUCCCCGAAGGAUAUCUGCUCCUUAGGUCGAGUUUAAAGAUCUUCAUCAUCAACAGAUGCCUCUUUAUUCUCUGGAAUAUUCUGCACAGAAUCAGCUGGUGAUCUGGAAACAGUGAGGCUAAUGUUUGAAGAUAUGUGACGUUUAUUUCACCUCAGGGAGGAAUCAGAUUUACCGUAGAACUCCCACACAUCAGGACACAUCGACAUAUUUUAUCAUGGAGCAGUCUGAGAGUGUUUCUGUUUCUCCAAUCCUCCAUAUUCAUCAUUAGUCUGAUUUUAUUCUAACUGGCCAGUGUGUUUGUCUUUCCCUGAGUUUGGCAGUAAAACUAAA